UGCAACAAAGGAUGUCAGGAAUGAGGAACCAGAACUGGGAUCACAUCCGAAGAGAAAUUGGGCCACCUGUGUAGACGUUAAAAAUCAAUAUCAGGCCCAGAAGAUGUUAGCCUUAUCCAAAACUACACGGAAUAACGGAUUGGAAGCUCAAGAGCAGAAACGCGACCCACCGAUAUUCCGUCGUGGCCGGAGGAGGGAUAUGAAGGCCAGCGGCGGAUUGCCUUUCGGAGGUCCACGCGCCGCCGCAAUUGGACCUAUGCUCGUUGAUCGCUGCAGCCCCACAUAUCGGUGCUACACCUCUUCCUCUCCCGACCAUGUUUCAUUUAUUAAAGAAGUAGCAGCCACUCAACCUCCACAGCAUUUGAGUAAUCUACUCAGAAUGCUUAAGGUUAGAGGCGAUUCAAUAAUCUCUCCGGGAGCCAAGCGAGGGUUGAUUCCUCUUGCUAUACCUCUGUCUGAAAACACCUCAGGUUCUGUAACUGCUUUGCUGCGAUGGCCUACUGCCCCGACUGGGAUGGAGAUGCCUGUGAUACAAGUACAGAAGUAUGGGGUAUGGCUUCUAGCCAAGAAUGUGGAUCAAUACAUUCACAGACUCUUGGCAGAAGAAGACAUUAAAGGUCCCCAAGAAAGGAAUGAUGAGUUAUUUCAUGUCUCUGUUGGUGCUGGAGUGAAACUCUACCAGAAGGGUGACUUUGCUGCAUCUGGGCUUUCGAGUGUGGAUACAUAUCUUAUGAAGAAGGUUGGCUUGUUUCCAGACAUUUUAGAACGCAAAAUCAAGCAUCAUUUCCAGAAGGGGGACCAUGUUUCAGCAUUGGUGACUGGGGAAUUCUAUACCAAAAGGGAGCAUUUUCCAGGAUUUGGACGGCCCUUUGUUGUCAAUUCUGAAGUGCUGUUGAAGGUUGGACGGAACCUAGAAGCUAAAGAUUCUGCAAGGGUGGCUUUGAAAUCACCAUGGUGGACUCUAGGCUGCAACUACCAUGAAGUUGCGAGCAUUGCCCGGUGGGAUGAUGAACAAAUUGAGUACAUUAAAGAGAGAGUGACCAAAGAGGGAAGACAAGAAGAUAUAAAAAGGGGAAAGGAACCCGCUCAGGUUGCUCUGGAUGAAGCAGCUUUCUUGUUGGAUUUGGCUUCUGUGGAAGGCACCUGGGAUGACAAUUUGGAGCGGAUUGCUGAAUGUUAUCAGGAAGCUGGGCUCCAUGAAAUUGCCAAAUUUGUGCUAUACAGAAAUUGAACUGAAGUUGAUUUUGGCAUAUGCAUAUCUUGCUUUCAUGUACAUUUCCAAUUUUGUAAUCUGCCGUCGCCUACAAUUCCGGAAUUACAUCCGAGGAUGAUAUUUUGGAUUUAUGUUAUGACGUUGAUUAUAACAUUCAAUUGAAUUCAAGACCAAGUUUCUGUGUCUUCCCAA